AUGGUAUUUCUAUCGAGCGUUCUUGUCGCUGCGGCGGCGCUGACGGGCGCCGCAUCCGCGUCGUCAUAUCCCCGGUUCUCCUCUCUGGAACCGCGCGCAACCAGCGAAAAGGGACCAAUUGCACCGAAACAGGACCCGUGGUACACGGCGCCGCCGUCCUUCGCCUCAGGCGAGCCCGGGCAGAUCCUCCGCAUCCGCCCUGCGCCCGGCAACCUCACCAAGGUCGUCGCAAACUGCUCCGCCGCCUACAACAUCCUCUACCGCACGACCGACAGCCACUACAAGCCGACCUGGGCCGUCACCACGCUGUUUGUGCCCAAGACGGCAAACGGGACCGCGUCGUCGUCAUGGGGCAAGGCGCUGCUUUCGUACCAGAUCCCGUACGACUCGGCCGAUGUUGAUGCCAGUCCGUCGUACGCUCUGUACAAGAACCCGCCCGGGGACAUUGCGACUGCUCUCGGUCGGAGCUGGUUCGUCAGCGUGCCCGACUAUGAAGGUCCUCUGGGAUCGUUCACGGCUGGCGUCAUGUCUGGCCAUGCCACGCUCGACUCCGUCAGGGCGGUACGCGCGGCGUCGUUCGGCUUGCUGCCCGACGCUCGCUAUGCCAUGUGGGGAUACUCGGGCGGCGCGCUGGCAAGCGAAUGGGCGGCCGAGCUGGCGGUGCAAUACGCUCCAGAGCUGCAGUUUGCAGGUGCCGCGCUCGGCGGUCUGACUCCCAAUGUCACGUCGGUGAUGCUCACCCUGGAGGGCAGCAUCGGCGUCGGGCUCGUCCCGUCGGGGAUCCUCGGCCUUGCGAGCCAGUAUCCCGAGCUGCGCAAGUACAUCGAGGACAACCUCAAGACGGACGGCAAGUUCAACAAGACGGGCUUCCUGGCCGCCGAGAACUACACGCUCGCCGAGUCGGCCGUCGCGUACGCCAACCACAACAUCUCCGACUACUUCAAGAACGGGUUCGACCUCAUCUACUCGCCCGUCGCGCAGCGCGUCAUCAACAGCGACGGGCAGAUGGGCUACCACGGCGUGCCGCAGAUGCCGCUCUACGUGUACAAGGCGGUGCAGGACGAGAUCAGCCCGGCCAACGAGACGGACGCCCUCGUCGAGAAAUACUGCACCGUGGGCGCCACCAUCAGCUACGUCAGGAACGCCGCCGGAAGCCACACGACCGAGUUUGUUAAUGGGCUGGCGGGCGCGUCCAAGUUUCUGCAGAGCGUGCUGGCUGGCAACUACAACUCGACGGGCUGCACGACUAAGAACGUCAACAUUAGCCUGGUGGACAAUUCGCUGCAGCGACGUGAUCUCCAUUUGCUUUGGUAG